AUGGCUGCAGGGAGUGCGACCCCGUCCAGGCUUCAUACUCUGUUAGUGACGGUCUAUGAAGGUCGUAACUUUACAAGGAAGCCCAACGCCAAAUGUUACAUCCAAUGUCGAUUCAAUAAUGAAAUCCUUACUACGGAUCCCACUGAUCACGGUCCAUCUCCUAUCUGGGACACUGAAUUAGAAUGGGACAUGGACAUGAGAACAUUAAGUCACCAUCGGUCUCAACGCAACUCCCUGAAACUCAUUUGCUACUCUAUUGAUACAUCUGGAAAUCGCGAUAAUCUUGGGUUUGUCAUGCUAGAAUUGAGGGCUGCUCAUCAAGGAUUCCCGGCACCCGAACAGUGGCAUCUCUUAAUCAAUACAAAGACUCCUAGCGGUGCUUUCAAACCCGAAAUCAAAGUCUCGUUUGGUGUAGGACCCAAGGCUGUAAUAGUCCAGCCUUCUCGUAUAAUACAGCAAUCUGCUACUGUGGCAGACACAAGCACGAAUGUCGAGAACAAUAGUAAACAUAAAAAACCACCAGUAACAAAGUCUACAGAUGGUACAGCAGUUGAUGGACAUGUAGGAUCUCUUAGCUUUCAUCUUAUGGAAGGCGGAUACUAUCAGAUCGGAGAAGGAACGACACGAUGGACAUUAUCGUUAACAAUUGCCUUUGUCGAACAUCUAAAUGUAUUACUCGACCACGCAGCUCCUGCAGAAUCUAAAUUCUACUUUUAUUACUCUGUGAUGGGUAACGACAUUGCUACCGAACCAUUCUCAGACUUGUCUGCUCCAUCAUUCCCAUACGAACGUGUAACAAUGCAUCUCAGCUGCACAUUGCCGGAUCUAGUCAAGCUGCUAGAAGAAAUGGGUGUCAUCGUUGUCAAUUUAUGUGGUGAUAAUCAGAUAUUGGGAUUUGCGGACGUACCGCUGACCGGAUUGUUGGAUGAUGACACUGGUGAAGGACGAUUGAUUGAACGAGUCUAUAAUUUAUAUAAUCCGAAACUGGAACUGCCUAUGAAUGCAGAAGGAAAGAUACCUAGUAUUGGCCUGGCAAUCAACUUGGAGCGAGAUUCUGGUAAUAGUAAACACACAGUCGUAGUUGGAGCACCGACCAAAGAGGCUAGUGGCAUAGAAAGUAAAGAGCCGAUGUCUGCACCCGCCCAACAACAGAACGAGACGCCAAUGAGACAACAGACGGUAUCUCCACCACCCGAAGUAGUGGUCCAGCAGCAGCAGCCGAUUGCAGAAAUAGUUAGACCACCUAGUCCACCAGUUCCGGCCUUACUGCACAAAAUGCAACGAGUCACUCAAUCCUCCCCUACUCGCACGCUGCCUUCAGCCAAUUUGCCGUCUCUCUACCAUAAUAUGAAUCCAGCCCCCUCAUCAAAUCUUGUAGAUACGUGGAAUCAGUAUCGCUUCUCUAUAGAAGUGCGGUCGAUUCGGGACUUUACUCUCAAGUCAGCAAGUAUAUUUUGUAGAUACUCAUAUACACCAUUUGGUACAUCAGCACCGUUUGCCACACAUCCACGCCUGGAUUUACUCAAAUCACCUGCUGAAGUAUUACUACCUCACUCAUUUUGUGCAUAUGAGUUUGUAAUGGCACCGAAUCGACUACAGACAUAUCUAGAAGCAGUGCCACUAGUGGUUGAAAUGUGGAGUAAAGAUCCAUAUGCUCGAGAUGUCCUGAUAGGUACAGCUAGUGUUGAUAUGGCUGAAGUAUGGCAAGCGCAUCCCCGACGCCACGAUGGUGAAGUAGGUGGCGUAGUCUCUGUAAAAAGCUUUGACUCUUGGCAGGUUGUGGUUGGUACUGAUGAGGAUGGCCAAGUUAAACGAAUAUCAGAUUUACGGGUGAUCUUGGCUCUCGAAGACUUUGGGCCUUUAGAACAGCAAGAGUCUGGUGCUCCUCAAUCGAUGCCGUAUAGUGACAUGCUGCAACAACAGCAACAGAGUAUUCCAACUCCUCGUGCACGCCCUCCACCAGCACAACCUUCAACGAAUCAGCCACCAGAUGUAUCUAUAAAUUCUUCAAUACACGAGACGGCCGAAUACCGUGCAGCUCUAGAUCUCGAAGUCUGGCGUAUGGAGGAGGAACGUGACUUUAGAAAUCAUUUACUAGCUCGAGAACAGGACUUGAUGAGGCAGCUAGCCGAAGAAUGGAAGAAGCAUGAACGAGAACGUGAUGCUCUCUUGCAACGCCGUAGUGAAGAUCUCAAGCAACUAGAAUCUCAGGCUCAAAAGAUGAUUGCCGAUCUAGAGACUCGAGAACGACGACUACUCACUGCCGAAGAAGACUUGUCGAAACGACGUGAUGAUAUAGAACGAGAACAUGAACGAUUUGUAGGAGAAGUGAGAGAUGCUUCUCGACGUCUGGGCGACGAACUAAACCAUCGUCUCGAAGUAGAGAAGGAACGAGCUGCCCAUUCCGAAGCUGGUCGUGAACGAGCAAUUCGUGAACGUGAUGAACUAGAAUCUAGAUAUAAAGAAUUAGAGUCUUCCGAACGUGCUCUACGGCCCGCAUUGUCUGCUGGACCUGAUGCACAGCUCAAGAGUGAGUUAGUAACCGCUGUAGCAGGUGUAACGAAUCUCCAACGCCAAGUAGAUAAUUUGACUCGAGCAAAAAAACACUACAAGGCUAAUUGGAUGAGAGCCUUGAAUGAGCUAGCCAAGGAACGUAAGGAUAAACAGACCGAACUUGAAGAAAGAGUGCAACGUACUGAAGAAGGAAGAGCCAAAGAACGGGAACGAGAAGUCCUUGAACGUGAUCGUCGAGAUAUUGAAGCUGUACGUAAAGAAGUUGAAAAUCUAAGAGCUUCUAUUGGCCCCAACGCUAUUCAUAAUGUAGCCAGUGCUGCAGAGGUAGCGGAGAAACAACAGGACUUUGUUAUAUCUAAACGGGAUUAUGACGCAUUAGACUCUAGACGCUUGGAGGAAGUUGAUAGGCUUGCGUCUGAACGUGAUCAGCUACUGGCUAGUGGUGUAUAUACACGAGAAGAUCGACUAGUACGUGAAUUGGAACGUCGUAUUCGUGAAGUUCUUGCUGGACAAUAG